GCAGGCGCGACGCACUGACGUCACGUCACCCGAGACGCUUUUCCUUUGAGGCCUUCGGUUCCUGGGCGCCUUGACGUCACGUCCUCCUUAGCGGUCGGACGAGGAGAAGGCAAGAUGAUCCCGCCGGUGGAGGUUUCCCCGCUGAUCAAGGUAACGGAGCCCCGUGUCGGGCGUCGCUCUCUCUCGGGGCGGCCGGCCAGCCAUCCGCGCGCGGCGGGAACCCGAGUCAGGCGCUUCCCCCCCUCUGCCGGAAGGUGACCUCGGAGGCGGAGGUCAAGGAGAGCGGCUGGGAAGCGCCUGGCCUUCUGCGCCUGCGCGUCCGAGGCAGCUGGGCGUCCGAAUGCCGGUUGCUGGAAGCCUCAGGCGGCGGGGAGAAGGGGUCGGCUCUGGUUCCCAGCCCCUCUUGAAGGGCCUGCGAGGAUAGGGAGAGCCCUGCGGGGUCAGGCCAAGGACUCAUCAUCAUCAUCAUCCUCACCACCACCAAUUUAAACUACUCAUUUUUACAUCCUCAAGAUAUCAGUGACUUCGCUUCUUCUCUUUCCAUGGUUCAUAAAUCCCUGCAUGUUUUACCAAAAAAAACCCUAUGCCAUUCAGUAUUCCAUUAUUACAUCCAUCAAAACUUAUUUACACUGUUGAAUUUACCUUAAUGCUGCCAGCGUUUUCAGGUGUACACACUUAUUUCCCAUAUACAGUCAUGCCUCGGGUUACAGACGUUUUGGGUUGCGCACCCGGAAGUACUGGAAUGGGUUACUUCUGGGUUUCGGCGCACGUGCAGAAGUGCUAAAUUGCGCUUUGUGCAUGCGCAUAAGCCCCGAAUUGCGACCCACACGUGUGCAGACGCAGUGCUGCGGGUUGUGAACGCUGUGGGUUGCAAACAUGCUUCUCGCACGGAUCAUGUUUGCAACCCAAGCAUCCGCUGUAUUCAAUAACCGUUUUCCAACUGAUUGUUUUCCGCCCUCCUAAAAGCCUUCCAGUAGGCUUGCCAUUCACCCUCUAAUCUGUUAACAUGUUUACUUACGAAAAUACCUUCAGCCUGGAUUUUCUGGAGUAAAUGCCUGCAAGGUGGCUAACAACUCAAAAUGCAAAGAGUGUGUGUGUGAAUGUUGUGUGUCUUACACAAAUAUACUAAAAGGCAUUUUCAGAUGCUCAGUAGGAAUAUGAACUGUAAUAGCUGAAAUGAGAGGAAGCUACUUGGAAAACCAACUGUUUUUGCUUGUAGUUUUAGUGUGACAUCAGUUGUGUAUUGGAACUCCCUGUCUUUAGAGAUCAGGCCUUUAUUCUAUUAUCUUUGGUGCCUACAUAUUUUGUGUGUGUGUGUUUAUUUGGGCAAACCUAUCUAGAUAUGUUGAUGUGUUUUAAUCUCUGUUUAGUUUACUGCUGAUUUUAAUUGUUUUUAAUUACUUGCUUUUAAAUGUUUUCUGUUGAUAGUUUUGUUAUUCUUGUAAGCAGCUUAGAGGUUCUGUUGUAAUCAAGUGGUAUGUAAAAUUUGUUAAAAAAACAUGGGCAGAAUGUUAAAAUGGGUAAAGGUACUUACGCAAGCAUUUGGCUCUUCACUCAAUAUUCAUAAUUGAGCAAAAAUCAUUACUUUGAGUAAAACUUAACCGAAUACCAUCCUUUUUUUGUGAAACCAUUUCCAGAAUGGAAUGUCCUCCUAUUUGACUUUUAACUGAAGGUGCUUGACCUUCUAUUUUAGCUGUAGUGUAAAAGGCUUGUCCUAAAUCAGGAAUAGGGAACCUUUGGACCACCAGAUGCUGCUGAGGUGAUGGGAGUUGUAGUUCUGCAAAAUAUGGAGAGCCGAAGGUUCCCCAAACCUGCUCUAAACUGUGUAGUCCUUAAAAUCUGAGAACUGCAAGGUAAAGUGUUUAUGUGUUUGUGUAUUUAAGACAUGUUCUUUCUGUUUCAUCCUUGUGCAAUUUAUUUUACAGUUCGGCAGGUAUUCAGCACUGCUCAUUGGGAUAGUCUAUGGAAAGAAAAGAUAUGGUAAGGAAAACUGUUAUCUAAUCCAGGGUUGGUAAGGCUGUGGUCCUCCAGAUGUUGUUCUACAACUUUCAGUAUUCCUGGCUGUUGUCUAUGAUGGGGCUGAGGGAGGUUGAAAAUCCAACAAGAUCUGAAGCGCAUCAGGUCCCUUGUGCUUAUAUAAGCUUCUAAUUGACCAAUUAACCAUAUUCAGUUUCUUGCAUUUGCGCUUGAAAACAAAAUUGUAAAUAUGAAGAUAGGCACUGAUUCUACAUUCAAGACACUUGUGAUUCUCCAUGGAUUUACAUUAUGCAAAUGCUUCUGCUUUUCUCCUCUGUUGCUUCUUGUAUUAAAGUGUUCCUCUUUCUUAUAAAUCCCUUGCAAGAUGUUCUAGAAUAGAUCCUCAGUUGCAAAAAGAGUGCCUGGUCACAUGAAUCAGUCAGGAAUCCCCAGGCUUUUGAGUUUAUUUGUGUUGGGUUUUUUUAAGAUGUGAAUAACAUGCACAUGUUCACUGAAACACUUUCUAUAAAGUGUUUUAAAAGCUAUUGUAGAAAAUAUUCCUGAUGAGUUUAGUGUAUCUGUAUUCAGGUAGGUAGCCAUGUUGGUCUGACGCUGUCAAAAUAUAUAUAAAAAUAAAAAAAUUGUCCAGUAGCUAAGACAAAUUUAGUUGGUCUCUAAGGUGCUACUGGACAAUUUUUUAUUUUUCUAUAUAUUUCGACUUAGUGUAUCCGUGUUUAGCUUUCCAAAGUUUUGUAACAAUAAAACCAAAAAUAAUUUACAUAAAGUGGGGAAAUUAUAUUGUAGAAUCUAUCUUCUGGAAAGAAUUCCGAGUAGUAAGUUCACUGUUGGUGCAUAUCUGUACAUAUAAAAAAAUGUAAGAGCGUCAUCACCCUGCAGUUUGCUUUGCCACUCACCGGUGGCACUGUAAAUUACAGUGUGGAGAGAAGCAGUGCAUAGGUGGCCCAGAAGAACUGCGGAGGGAGAUCCAGAACAGGCUUCAGCAGCCCCCAAACCCCACUGGCUCUUCAGCCUGCCAGCUCUGGGAUCCAGAUCCCCAGGCCAGCUGACACCACUACUGGCCACCUUUCUCCUUUCUGUCCAGCUUGGGAAUUCACUGCUUCUGCCUGUGCUCAGAAAUGCAGAAAGGGCCAAGUUUUUAAAUUUGAGUCCACCUAACGCACUAUGGUUCUCCUGAGGCAUUUCUGAUGAAUUUUACUUCGCAACUUUGAAGUGUUGCAUGUAUCUAAUGAGUUGAAGCAAUAUGUAGUAUACGAUGAAUACUCAGUAUUUACUGAGCAAGUCUUCCGUUGGUCAGAAAUAUUAUAAUGCAUUUGUAAAUAUACAGUCAUCAUGAAAAUCCUUUUUUUUUAUGAUAGACUAUUUGAAGCCUAUUGCUGAGGAGGAAAGGAGAAUAGAAGCAGAGGAGAAGAAGAAGCGUGAGGAAAUGGAACGAAUUGCAAAAGCACUGGCAGAAGGUAUUUUUCCUAAAUAUAGUCCAUCUUUUAAGUUUAAAAACAAGUGUGUGUGUGUGUGUGUGUGUGUGUAAAAUCUUAGAGUACAAUGUCUCAAGUCUAUCAGGUCAUGUGAUGGAAAUGAUCAUAGGUGACACUUAAAAUUCUAGUCACUAAAAAGGACUUAAUUGAAGAGUUAACCUUUGGGGAGCAUAAGAACAGAAAGGGCUCGAUUGAUUGGAUUUCUGUGAGCAGAAUUCCACAGUUGAUAUUCUGUACUGUCCGUGGCUUAUUUCAAUGAGACGCUUGUUCUACAAGAAAAAAAUGUUUUUGUACAUUCUUUUGAUGAUUUACCUUAAAAAGAAAUUUAUUCCCUCACCUGCCCCCUGUAAACCUAUAAGAGACUCAAAGCUAAGAACAAUUUGGAUCAUCUUUCUGAAUAGUACCAGCUUCCUUGUGUAUGCAUCUCUGCACAAUUCUUUCCUUGCUAAGAACAGCUAUUGAAAACAACUGAGAAGGAAUAGUAAUACCAGUUAUGAGUAUAGGAAAUUCACUUCCUAUCUUAGACUUGUGUAUCAUUAAACAGUAACUGACUAAAUUGCAUGGUGUUUGGGGCAGUUCUCUUCUAGUGCGGUUAGAAAAAUACUUGGAAGCAGAUGUAACAAAUAGGAUGUUUAACAAGCUCCUGUUAACUACUAUGUGUGGUUUAAAAAUGGGAAUUUGUUGUAAAAUGCUUGAUGCAUGCUUCAGAUAUAUGUAACCACCUAUGAACCCCUUCUCUCAUAUUGUAUUACAAUGUAUCUCAUAUUAUGGGGAGAAUUAAAUGGCUGCAUUCUUGACCAUCUUACAGUAUUUAAUGAAGACUGCAGAAAUCAGCUGCCAACAGUAUAUCUGACAUGGCUUGCUGAGGUAUAUUUAGUCUGUAUACUCUGGUGUUAUUUGAAUGCUGAACCAAUUAUCUUAAUCGUUUUAUUCUUUCCUUUUCAGCUAGCGACGAUUCAAUACUGAAAUAAACCUGCUUGAUCUUCAUCUUCACCUUUUAAUAUCCAAUGUAUGAAAUUUUGAAGUAGUUGAUCUCAAGUGUCAAACACAAACUUAUUUACAUCAAUAAACAGUUGCUGGAAGAGCUGUUGUCAGAUUCACUAAUGUGCAAAGUACAAACGGCAUAAAAUCAUCUCCUUCAUAUUUAUCUAGCAAACAGGAGGUUUGCAUAUAUUACUUUUCAUGCGGCAAUAUUUGUGAAAAUCGAAGCAGUAUCUAAUUCUCAGCUGUCUGUGUGAAAGAAGACUUGGUUUCCUUGCGCUGCUGCUGGAAUGUAGACUUUUCUGGCUAAUAGGACAGUAAGUUACAAGUCAGCCGCUUUUAGGGGGUGUAGUUGUCGCACUUCUAGCAAUACAAUUGGCCUGUUUGCUUGUGUAAUAAAUAGAUUUCAGUACACAACUUCAAAAGAUGAACUGACAGGGUGGCAUAGGAAUGUAUGUUAAAACACCAAUAAUUUCAUCAGUGUCAGCCUUGGAAACUUAAGUUUGUAUGUACAAGUAUUUCAUACUACGUUUUGUGUGGCCAGUUCUAAUACCUUUGGAAACGUGCGAGUGACACCCAGUAAUUUAUCACACUGAUACGUUAAAUAAAAAGCAGACUUCAUUUAUUCAAA